AGCGCGACAUGUCCAUCCAAUGAAAAUCUUUUGCAAGUUACAAAUCCACCGACUUCAUCAAAAAUCAAAACUAUUUGGGAGGAGAAGAAGAACAAAUUAAAAUCUCUCUCAACCUUUCUAUCUCAGAUUCUCAAACCCCAACUUUCUCGGAUAACGAAUACUAAUCCUCUGACUCCAUGCAAACUUCGCCAUGGAUUUCGAAAAGGACACCGCCACCCUUCCUCUUGCGUGCACUGCCCAUGGAUGUCCUGCAAAGGCCCAAGUGAGGCAGAAGAAGAAGAAGACGAGCGCUGUCAAGUUCUUCCUAUGCUUUCAAAGAGACGAUGUAGUGUUUCCGUGUGUGGUGCCGAUGCCCGUGCCGGUGGUUUCGUCAUCUAUGGUGACAUCGGAUAGUGAUUUGGAUGUAGGAAAAUGCAACAAUCAACAAAGGAAGCCAGAACGGCAUGGAUUCUUUCAUGUUUUGAAAGCAAUUUUGUUCAAGAUGUUAUUGGUCAAAAAGAUUCAACAAAAGAAAUCAGGUAGCAGUUUUGCAAAUAUUCCAACAAAGGAGAGUUCAAUUACUUCAGGGCACACUCAAGAAUGGUCAGAUCACGAAGAUGUCCCAAAAAUGAUCACCAAAACAACUUCAGGGGGUAAGACCGUUUUCACUUACGUCAAAGAGAAGGAAGAGGUUGUCUUUCCGACGAUGCCUGCUUCAUCGUGGCUUAAAAAUGAAGAAACAUGUCAAGAUCAAUGGAUCAACAAAGGACGACGUAGAUUAUCUCGCAUUUUAAAGGCCGUCUUGUUCGAGACAUCACUGGCUAGGAAGAUUCAAGCAAGAAAGUUGGGGAAAAAAUACGAAUCAAAUACGAGUUUAAGGUCUAGCACCGGAGAAUCGUGCGAGGAAGAUAAUCAUGACCUGGGAAAGUCUGCAUCUUCGUUAACUAACUCUUCUGUCUUCACUUCAUCUUUAUUGAACUCUACAUCAAGUUCAUCAACAGUGUCACGCUCCACGUCACACUCGAGGUCUUUAUCCGAGCGAAUCAAAUCUUUCCGAUCAAUCUCAUCAAGCAAUCUAAAAGCCAAUUUGAGGAACUUGUCCGACAAAAUUCGAUCAAACUCCAACCAUUUGAAGUCCAAUUCGAGAAACAAGAUGUCGUUGGAAUCCAUUAAUUCGAGUGGCUUGAAAGAAGAGCAACAUGCACAUUUUAAUGAUGAUGUGACUGACAUUGGAAAGAACAAUAAGAAGGGAGGGUGUUAUCGUUCAGCUUCGGGUCUUAGCUUCUUGCUAAUGAGUCUAGUGGGGUUGAUUUUUUAUGGUAAGCUUUGUGCCAUAUUGUGCACUUCAAUGUGGCUUGUUUGUGUACCUCUUUGGAGUUUCGGAUAUCAUAACUCAUCAACAAACAAGGUGGUUGAUAAUAAGAAAGUCACCAUGGGUGGAGGAAUGCUAGGGGGGACUGCUCGAACUCGAACUCGAAUUUUUCAGAGUCAGUAACUAAUUAAUUAAGUUUACUUUGUUUUGGUCGUUAAAUUUGUUUUUGUUUGUGUAAUUGGUUUGUUAAUUACUCUAUGUGGUUUUUGCUGUGAUUAAACCCGAGUGACAAUUAUUUUGGUUAAUUGUAAGGGGACUUUUCUUCAAAUUUGUUUAUAUAUAUGUAGGAUUCGAUUGGACUCAUUCGAGACA